AUUAACUUAAUUCAUUCUACUUAUUUGUAGAUUAAUAUUGUUUCCUAUACAGGCUAGAUAACUCUAUCCAAGCGGAUAUUUCCAUAAGGCGUAAGGAAGUGGCACAUGGGAUUCAUGUCGUCAAAAAAAAUAUGACAAAGAUACCAAUAGGAUUUUGAAAUGGGGAGUGUGAUUUGCUCUCUUAUUGGACGUUACGUUUAAAUCUAGAAAGUCCCACCUCUCUGUAGUUCGCCCUGAUUGGCUCGCGACAUCAUCCUUUAUGAAUGUCGGUCACAUCCGGUCCAGAUGACGACGCGGAAACAGAAAAAAAGGAAAGAAAAGAAGAAGGGAAGAAUAGAGGAAAAGAAACUGGGGAAGAAAUGAGAAAAGGCUUGGAAGAGCUUCAGAGUUCCUUAACACAGCGGAAUAUGUACUGACCUUUUAGACAGCAGUUCUCUGAACAUUUAAGUGAUAAACAUUUCACGUAGCUCUAGUGUGCUGAUAUGGCUGACUGACUAAUGAAUGCUGCCUGGUUAUCGGGUUUACCGUUUUACUAGUUAGCGAUUCCUUGCUAUCGGGUUCACUUUUAAUAGCUAGCGCUGCCUGGUUAUUGGGUUCACUAUUUGCAUCGCUCCAUCUCUUUGAGCUGCGCCUGUGAGGAUGGCGACAACGGCUCUGUACGCGUGUACUAAGUGUAACCAGCGGUACCCGUUUGAGGAGCUUUCGCAGGGACAGCAGCUGUGCAAGGAAUGCCGGAUAGCGCACCCUAUAGUGAAAUGCACAUACUGCAGAUCGGAGUUCCAGCAGGAGAGCAAAACGAACACAAUUUGCAAGAAGUGUGCUCAGAACGUGAAGCAGUUUGGGACGCCCAAGCCGUGCCAGUACUGCAACAUCAUCGCCGCCUUCAUCGGCACGAAGUGCCAGCGCUGCACCAACUCGGAGAAGAAGUACGGCCCGCCACAGCCCUGCGAGCAGUGCAAGCAGCAGUGCGCCUUCGACCGCAAGGAGGAGGGCCGGAGGAAGGUGGAUGGCAAACUCCUCUGUUGGCUCUGCACGCUGUCCUACCGGCGCGUCCUACAGAAGACCAAGGAGCAGCACAAGGGCCUCAGCUCGUCUCACUCCAACUCCUCAUCGCUCAGCGAUAAAGAGCACCACCGGCAAAGCGCCUCCCACCGCAAGCUGAGCAGCAGUUUGAGUCCAGAGCAGGACCAGGGCCUGUGGAAGCGGAGCCAUAAGUCUUCAUCGAUUCAGAAUGAAACCCCAAAGAAAAAAGCCAAGCUGGAGACCAAGCCAUCGAACGGAGACAGCGGGUCCAUCACCCAGUCCAUGGACUCCGGGACCACGGACAACUUCAUCCUGAUCAGCCAGCUGAAGGAAGAGGUGAUGACACUGAAGAGGAUGCUGCAGCAGAGAGACCAGACCAUCCUGGAGAAGGACAGGAAACUGACAGAGCUGAAGGCCGACUUCCAGUACCAGGAGUCCAACAUGAGAUUGAAAAUGAACAACAUGGAGAAAGCGCACAAGGAGGCCAUGGAGCAGCAGCAGGCCAAGAACCGGGAGCUGCUCAAGCAAGUGGCAGCACUCUCCAAGGGCAAGAAGAUUGAGAGGGCUGGGGGCACGCUGCUAUCACCAUGACGUCCCCCCACCAGACGGAGUGACGAGUGCUCGCUAAAGGAGCCUCUCUCUGAGGUUUCGAUCGCUCUUCUCUUUGCUAAUGGACAUAGCUCAACACCUUUGUUUCACACCGACUCACGCACACACUGUAAUGCUUGCAUUCAUCCUUCAAACACGCCAGCAUCAUCGUGGUCCGGUCCGGCUUCCCUAAGGGGUCCCAUCAAAGCAAUGCUGCUCUGUCCAGUCUGGUCCGGCUUUCCAGAGGAGUAUUGUCAGAGCAAUGCUGACUGUCUGGCUUGGACCAGCUUCCCCGAGGAAGUGUCGUCAGAGCGACGACGCCCUGUCCGGCCUCCCCAAAGAGUGUCGUCAGAGCGACGACGCCCUGUCCGGCCUGGACUGACUUUCCCGAGGGAAUGUCAUCAGAGCGACUACGCCCUGUCCGGCCUCCCCAAAGAGUGUCGUCAGAGCGACGACGCCCUGUCCGGCCUCCCCAAAGAGUGUCGUCAGAGCGACGACGCCCUGUCCGGCCUGGACUGACUUUCCCGAGGGAGUGUCAUCAGAGCGACGACGCCCUGUCCGGCUUCCCCGAGGAGUGUCGUCAGAGCGACGACGCCCUGUCCGGCCUGG